AUGGCAGCGAUGGAAAGACAGUCAACUCCCUGGGAAACGCUUCAAGCGUUUGAAGACGAACGGCUCUCCACAAACAGUUCGGUCAUGAGAGAGUCCCUCUAUGGACCUUUUUAUGCUCACCUGCCCAACGUUUACCUCGAUUGGGAGCUCGAAGGCUAUGUUUGCCGGGUUCUGGGGAGCAAAUGCUAUGGCCUCAAAUUGCCAAAGCCAAGUAACCUCAUGAAGCAUCUCCGGAGUCCAUACCACUUGAGACAUGACGAGAUGCGAGCUCCCCGACGGCAAUCACCACCCCCACGGACAAAUGAUGUCCGUCAAAAUACCAAGGCUGUACCUGAUGAAGUGACAACCACAAACCAAGUUUCUACUUCUAUCCGUCAAAAUACCAAGGCUACACCUAAUGAGGCGACAACUCCUGUCGAACUUCUGAACACUCGAUACAUACCUAGAGUUAUCGAAAUCACAGAAAGCCAAACUGGAGAUCUUCGGUCAGAAAUUUCUACUCCGUCUAAAAUUGAAGACAGCCAGGUUCUUCUAGAGGAAAUCACUGCUACCGAAGCUUUGCUAUCGGAAAUUGAAGACAGCUAG